UGGGAAAAGAAUUGAAGCUAUCAUCUGUCAUUUUUGACUAAGCAAGCUGCAGCUUCAAGCCGAGGACUGAGCUGUGCAGAGGCUUGGGCUUGGUUUUUGCCAAAUCCUGAGGGCGAAGAAACCUCAAAUUCUUAACAGUGACGAUGAUAUCAUCUUUGCCUUGGUAUCUUACCACAUUGGUCAAGGUAAGCGCGGAAUUGAGCCAACUGCCAAGAUAAUAGCCGCGUAGGACUCUGAGGACAUGCCUCGUGUUUGGGCUACUUUCCUUACUUACUUCCACGAGUACCUCAUUCCCACCCCCUUGAUGAGGGAGUUCGCUGGCCAGCUCAUACUCGUACUUCAUUUUGCCCACGCAAGCAGUGUCAUUUAUACUGAUAUCAGACAACCCAACAUCAUGAUCAAAUUCCAAGAUACAUCCCUCAUCAAGUCUGAACUCCCCAUCGACCACCCAACCCCAACACAAAGCCGAACCGAGGCAAAGUACACUCCGAUCCUAAACCGUUCCGUAAUAGGCUGCUACACCACCGUCGACCCCAGAAGCGACCCAACGCUUAUUCUCUAA